AUGAAGGUGGCCACUCUUCUUCUUUUGGUCGGCGCGAGUGCAGAUCUCGUGCUUGGAACCGGUAGCUUCAGCACCAAAACAGUCUUGAAUGUUUGUAAGACAAAGCUCGGGCCCACCGCAAAGAAACCAGUUCCCACGACUUCGCGAUACCUGACCAUCCCUUUGGUGGCGAAACGAUGGAUCACCAGCACGCCUUCCACGACUGUCACUCCAGCACCGGUCACGGAUACUGUAACGGGCGUCGUUACAGCUACCCAGACGACGACUGCACUCCAGAUCACUGACACCGUUACGGAUACCUUCGUCAGUACCAUCACUGCGGUUGAGGAGACAACGACAAUCAUCACUUCCUCGGUCAUCAGUACAGUCGUUAGCACCGCUAUCUCGACUACAACUAUUCCAGCACCCGCCGGCUUCACUCCGGUUCAGUCAACGAUCCCCAACUCGAUGAAGAGGCGCAAAUCAUCGCAAUUCGAAAAGAAAGACCCCGUUGCCGAACGAGCUCGAGGAACUAAGGACUGGGUCAGAGGUGGAUCAAAGAGAUACCCAGUCAACGUCUACUGCGGAGGUAUCGUCGCCGUGAUAACUACAAAGACUAGCACCGUCACUGCAAAGAAGACGAGUACCAUCACUGCUCCUACACCAACCUUCACCAACAGCGUCACUAGCACUGCAACAGCGACCAUAACCGACUUCCUUGCUGACGCAGUUGUCACUAACACUGUCACAUCUGUUACAGAAGUGACCUCCACCUCCACAGUAUCGGUCUUCACCACAGUCACCUCAACUACCACUAUUGUCGCUGAAGUCCCCGGCCCGACCAUCUACGCCGCCUGCUCCACAAACAAUAUCGUGAGCACAAGCAAUGGACGUAAGAUCACCAACGGCAACGUUGGACCAGGAGCGACAUUUAGCUCAGCCAGCGCGCCCACUGCCUACGACUGCUGCGUCGCGUGUAUAACAUCCCUGGCGUGUGGCGCAUCGAUUUUCUACUCGCAGGGGUGCCUUUUGUCCACAUACGAAAACGGGAGGACGUGCAGCCAGAAUGAUGUGGCGUUCAACGGCGUUUUCGACCCCCAGUUUGACUUUGACCCUCUUUUUGUAUCUAACGGGAACUGUGGGAAGGCUAUAGUGCCAUAA